UGCUAUCAAGUGUUCUGGGUGCUCCUGGGCGGAAGGGGCAUUGCGUCAAUGCUGAAGAAAGCAUCGGGAGCCUUCCUUGGACAGUCAUUGCGUCUGUUGGCUGCAUCACCUAAUCAAAAGCUUUCAACUACUGUACGCAGCUGUGUUUGCACUUCUGAAAAAUCCAGCAAAGGGCUUCAGGUCGGGGACGUUCUCGAGUGUCGGCGGACAUUUUCACAGGAUGAUAUCCGAUCGUUUGUGACCACUACAGGCGACUCUAAUCCCAUCCACACAGACUGCAAAGCAGCCAAGGCAUCAAACUUUCAGGGGCCUGUGCUACCUGGUGUGCUCUGCGCCUCAUUGUUCCCAGCCCUGAUCGGAUCCACUUUCCCUGGAGCCAUCUACCUUUCCCAGACCCUGAAAUUCCGCAAGCCAGCUCUGGCUGGGGAGUCUGUGAUAGCGCGCAUAACAGUGGACAGCGUGUCAGACUCGAGGGUAGCAUUCAAGACAGAGUGUUUGAGCGAUUCUGGGACGGUGCUUGUUGACGGCGUGGCAGUGGCCCUGAUCAGCACGAAGCAGUAAUGGACUGCCUUUCCUGAGCUCGUCACAAAGCUAUAGACGCAAUCCAAUUAGACAUCUUUCAGGCAUGGAAUAUCCAAGAACAAGAUAAACCAGCCAGAUAGCUACCUCAAAGACUUGAGUGUCAAGAUUGCUCUGUUGUGCGGGUGUACUCCAUAUGGCGGUUCCUUGGACUGGGUUACAGCACUUGCUGGACCCUGAUUCCGUGGUUACAAGGGAAGACCUAGCCAAGUUAGUCUUCCGUAUCAAGCUGGAUAUCCAUACUGUGAUCUUGGAUCUUACGCUGGGGCGCAAGGUGGCAGGUGCUAUUUACACUGGCGAUUGGAAGCCUGCAACCCAGGCUGCUGACACUCCUCCUAUGGCCAAGGUGGUUGGGCAAUUGCUGGCACGAGCAGUAAAUGGGAUGCUGGUUGAGGAUGGCUGGGAACAGCAGCUGGAUAGCCCAGAUCUGGCCUUGAAGCAAGAAGUAGAAUGCGGUACACGAUUGCAGCCCAGGAUACUGCCUGUAAAGGUAGAGGCGGGAAGAAGGUUGAUACACUUUGAAGGGUACCCAUUCAUUGUGAUGGGCACCUACAUACACGAUACUGUCAGGAGAGUAAUAGGCGCAGAGAGGAAAAGACUCCUGUCUUGGCAAAAGACUGGAAGAAUAUAUCCACUGGUGCACAGAGAACGAGGGCUGAUGCGUAUUGGGGUGCAUCGGCUGGUGUGCUGGCUGGCACAUGGGGACCCCCCUGCGCCUGAUUUAGGGUGUGUGCACAGCUGUGGUGACAUGCGGUGCGUGCGGCCGGCCUGCCUGAGAUGGGGGACGCCGGAGGAGAGCGCUGCAGCCUCAAGCGCGGGCCGUAAGAGGCGGAGAUGAGCUCUUGCUUAUGUGAAAAGCAAACUGCCCUCGAUCACAGCAGGCAGCGUUCUUAGCGGGCGCAUGCCCAGAGUACUUGUUGUCUCUGUUCGAUGUCUAGAUCAGGAUAUGGCGGACAUCCAUGAUGACGCACUCAGAGUCUGAGCUCACAGGACGGUGCCUUGUAAGGCUGGGCCUGUCUCUCAAAGAUUCCAAUGUGAGAUC